UGCCGCCCCAGCCCGGUGGAUCGAUCCGAUUACCAGCCGGCCCGUCUUACCGCGACUUGUCCACCAGUCGAAUUCAGAAUCACAUCUCAUCGGAUCCGUAAGGCAAUCGCAACAUCGGCUGGCUACAUAUAGUUUGUCUUUGGGUUCGAUAAUUUCCAUCUCUCACGCGUACGCACUCACGCACGUCCUCCAUCUCUAGCCGCCGUAUCUCAGUCGCCGACCCCGUCUCUCUCUACUCUAAGGCUGCUGCUGCGGCAGAUGGAGCCGAUUAGGGUGCCGACGAGGACGAGAAUUCCUAUUAUCUACCAAGUCGUCGAAGAUCGGGAGCCGGCCGACGGGCAGGAGUUCCUGGCACGAGGUGUACGGGAUUGGAUGCAAGGCCGGUUGCCGUUGAUUGACCAAGAACUCGACAUGUUGCAAAGGCAACUAGAGGCUCAGCAGCAGAGCCGCCAUGAGGACGAGGACGAGGAGCGGUUCUGGCCCGGUUUGGUAGUCCCGGCCUCGCGCGACGCUGUCCUGCAGCUGCCGGAGACAACCGGCGCGCCGGCCGGAGCCCGGCUCCAGCAGACGGAGUGCGCCGUGUGCCUCAAGGAUUUCGAGGUGGAAGACAGGGUCACGACGAUGCCGUGUGACCACUACUUCCACCAGGGUUGCAUCUCUGAGUGGCUCAAGGUCAGCUGCGUCUGCCCCCUCUGCCGUCACGCGCUGCCUGCUGCAAGUCCACAGGCGCGCCAGAUGGAAGUCCGUGAUUGAUCAUCAUCUUUUGAUCCUGCAUGAACAAUGUUUAUGGUGCUGUCCCUCUCCCUGCUUCAAGCCAGGCACAGAAGGAAAUUUAUCUAUUCAGUCCUCAAUGUAAACCUCGAACUUGAAGCAGAGCGUAUCUUUUUUGUUUUUGGCAAAAGGCAGAGCGUAUCUUGAUCUGCUUCUAGAGCAACGGUGUGAUGU